CUGCACGCUGAUAUCAUCCAUCUCCAACCACUACAUCUUAACCAACACCCCCAACAAUCUCAAAGCAAUGCCACAGUCACUUAGCUACCUCGACCUCGUCAACGAGCUCGAUGGCUUCCCGUCGGCCAUCCUCAAUCCCACGGCGCACACGGAGCGCCUCUCCACCCUCAUGCUAUUCACAUCCGGCACGCACACACUCGGCUACGUCCUUCCCAGCGUCGUAACCGCACUACGCGCGCUGUCCUCCCCGCACUGGACGAUAACGCCCUCCACCGUCUCGCUCACGGGGCACACCGUCGACGAGCGCAGCACGCAAAUGCGCACGACGCUCGAGUCCUUCCGCGACGCGCAAACCUUCGCGGUGUGCUCAGGUAAGGGCUGGCGAAACGAGCUGUACUCGGUCUACUCGCCCAAUGGAGAGCUGUACCUCGAGAUGGAGCGCAGCGGCGCAGCCCUGUUCGGCGUCGUGCAGUACGGCGUACACAUGACGGCCUUUGUCCGUGCCGACGGCGGAUUAAAGAUCUGGACGCCCCGCAGGAAUCCCACCAAGUCUACGUACCCCAGCAUGCUCGACAACACCGUCGCCGGCGGGAUCGCCUCCGGCAUGACCGUGUUUGAAACGCUGAUCAAGGAGUCUGCCGAGGAGGCGAGCCUGCCUGAAUCACUCGUGCGCGAGAAGGCGAGGUGUGUGGGGCUGGUCUCGUAUUUUAUGGUGCGGGACCAUAGGGCGGGAGGGGAAACGGGGCUGCUCAUGCCAGAGGUGCAGUAUGUGUACGACAUGGAGGUGGGAGAUGAUGUGGUCCCACGGCCCGGAGAUGACGAGGUCCAGGAUUUUCACCUGCUUACCAUGGAUGAGGUGGUGAGCGAGUUGAGAGCGGGACGGUUUAAGCCAAACUGCGCGGUUGUGUUGAUUGACUUCUUCAUUCGACAUGGAAUCAUCACGCCGGAGAACGAACCCGACUACAUCGAGAUUUCGUCGAGGAUUCACAGAACGCUGGAGUUUCCGCUGGCGAAGUACACCUGAGAUACUUCUGUGCUAGAGUACUAUCUGUGACUGGUGGGCCAAGAAACCGAGUGUGUACUUAAACUGUCAUGGCUGAACACGGCCGAAACAGAAUGAUGAAAAAAAUAACAACAUCUAUGCUGCGACGGCACGAGACGCAGAGUGAGGAGAUGAUGCUGGACGAGCGUCGAGUACUGCAGCAGAGGAGACUAAAAAUAAACGGAAUCCCAUAAUACGAGUUGUCCAUUGAUAGACGGGGUGUGUCUUGAGGUGGAAUCUGCGUACACAAUGGAUACUGGUUUGCGGUUGUCGGAAGAGUUUGGGUGUCAUUCGCUGCAUCCACUACUGUGCCAACAUCGUACAAUGUGUGCGCUCCUCAAGAUGUGGGUAGGGUAUACGGAGGUGAGAAGGGAUGGAAAGUUUUGAGAGAAUAUUACACAUUA